AUGUAUCAACUUCCGCACUAUUCCGAUGCGCUCAAACAAUUUCCAUCGGCUGCACUUCAAGCCUAUUUUGCUAGUGGUGGUGGUAAUCCAAAUGGUGGAAAUCCAAUGGUUACUAACAGUGGUCAUCAUCAAUUGGCUGCAGCAGCUGCUGCAGCUGCUGCUGUUGUUUCACAUAAUAAUCCAUUUUCUAUUGAUAAUAUUCUUGGUACACGUCCACGUUUACCAGUACAUUUAUCUCCUUAUUAUGCUUCAUCAUCAACAAAUCAAGCACAAGCUGCUGCAGAUUUCUAUUCAUAUCCUGCAUUACAAAAUUUUUUUGCUGCUGCAACAAUGGCUCAAAAUCAUAAACGAAAACGAAGACAUCGUACAAUAUUUACUGAAGAACAACUUGAACAAUUAGAAGAAGCUUUUAAUCGAACACAUUAUCCAGAUGUUAUGAUGAGAGAAGAUUUGGCAAUGAAAAUUGAUCUUAAAGAAGAACGUGUUGAGGUUUGGUUUAAAAACCGUCGAGCAAAGUAUCGAAAGAAAAAACGAGAAGUAACAGAUAGAUGUCGUCGGGAAAUUUCUGAUAAAUCUCAACGAACUGAUGGUGAAAGUACAGCAACAGGUUCAUCAACGCCAAGUGCUGGUUCAAGUUCAUCAUUAGGUAGUGUUGGUCAAGAAACGGCAACUAAUAAUGACCAUUCAUCAUCAACAUCACAUAAUCUUACUGUAUGCCCAACAGCAUUGAUUUCAACAGCAAAUAGUAAUAGUUCAAGAUCAGAUUUAUCACCUGGAGUUCAAUCAGCACAUUCACCAACUUAUGGUCAACAACCAUUAGCUUUAACAACAACAAAUACAAGAAUAAAUAAUAAUAAUAAUGACAAUAAUUUUAAUUCUCUUCCUCGAAAAGAGACUUUUUCUAUCAAUCAUAUUCGACAACAACAACCACCACCACCUAUGCCUGGACCUUUUGUUAAAUUCUGA